AGGCCCUGCGCCCCRACCCCGCCCCUGGGCCCGGCCGGGCUGGGCCGCGUCCUCGCCGGCGCUGAGGGCGCCUCCCUCUCCCCGAGAGGCUCCGUGGGCGUUGCUGGGGGGAUCCGGCCCCGAACAGGUGAGACGCGGACGAGCCCCGGCUGAACAGGAGUGUUAUGCUUUUAAACAAGAGAUACAACUGCUGAGAGGCCAGAGCUACACCCAACAAUGGACUAAUGGAGGUGUGCAGAAAAAUGGGUUGAGUGCACAGCUGCCUUAUUCCACUUUGUUUUUGCACUAACUUCAGCUUCCCUUCAGAGAGCGCUACGUAUCUAAAUGGGUUUGUCAAGUUGGCAAAAAGGAACUGAGAACCUCUGGUGGAAUUUCUGUUUUCAACCAGUGUGGACGCAACUGAAACUUCCUGCAUCUUGUGGAGAGUAUGUAUAAAAGGAAUGACCUCAUGGCCAAUGUGAUGGUCACCUCUGCCACUCCAGAGGAUAGUAGCAGCUCUGAUUCUCUGGAAGGGAGAAGUUCAGAUUAUGCCAAUAAAAGCUACGAUGCAGUUGUAUUUGAUGUGUUGAAAGUAACGCCUGAGGAGUUUGCUAGCCAGAUAACCCUGAUGGACAUGCCAGUAUUUAAAGCUAUACAGCCUGAGGAACUAGCCAGCUGUGGAUGGAAUAAGAAAGAAAAACACACCCUUGCUCCAAAUAUUGUUGCCUUUACUAGGAGGUUUAACCAGGUCAGUUUUUGGGUUGUACGAGAAAUAUUAACAGCGCAGACCUUAAAAAUAAGGGCAGAAAUACUGAGCCACUUUGUGAAAAUAGCUAAAAAGCUUCUGGAACUGAAUAAUCUUCAUUCUCUGAUGUCUGUGGUGUCAGCACUACAAAGCGCUCCUAUCUUCAGGCUGACCAAAACUUGGGCUCUGUUGAAUCGGAAAGACAAGACCACCUUUGAGAAGUUAGACUAUUUACUGUCUAAGGAAGAUAAUUAUAAAAGGACACGAGAGUACAUCAGAAGCUUAAAAAUGGUUCCUACAAUUCCAUAUUUAGGAAUUUAUCUCUUGGAUUUAAUCUACAUUGAUUCUGCAUAUCCAGCUUCAGACAGCAUAAUGGAGAAUGAACAAAGAUCCAAUCAAAUGAACAAUAUUCUCAGAAUAAUAGCUGAUCUGCAAGUAUCCUGCAACUAUGAUCAUCUCACAACACUUCCCCAUGUACAAAAAUAUUUGAAGUCUGUCCAUUACAUUGAAGAACUUCAGAAAUUUGUAGAAGAUGACAAUUAUAAAUUAUCUUUAAGAAUUGAGCCAGGUAACAGCUCUCCUCGACUGGUUUCCUCCAAAGAAGAUCUUGCAGGUCCAUCUGAUAUGUCAGCAAUUAUGAAAUUCAGCAGGAGACCCACGUGUCCUGAUGCCUCAGUCGCAGCAAGUCUACCUACACCUCCUGUCCCAAGGCACCGGAAGAGUCACAGCCUGGGAAACAAUAUGAUGUGUCAAUUGAGUGUCGUGGAGAGCAAAAGCGCCACGUUCCCGACAGAGCGGCCGCGGCACCUGCUGGAUGACAGCGUCCUGGAGUGUCACAGCCCGGCGCGCGGCCACACGGCCAGCACGCGCCUGGCCAACGGCCUCUCCAGAGAUAGCAGUGAAAGCUCAGAAUUUAGUGAGGACCUGCCGUCAGGGCUUGAAAGGGGCCGUUUAUAUGCCACUCUGGGGCCUAACUGGAGGGUACCAAUCCGGAAUUCUCCUAGGAGUCGAAGCUGUGUCUACAGCCCAACAGGCACAUGCAGCUGCACAGCAGGUGUUUCCACAGGAGUCAUUACCAUGGAAGGGCCUUUAAGAAGAAAAACACUGCUCAAAGAAGGCAAAAAACCUACUCUCACAUCAUGGACUAGAUACUGGGUCAUGCUUUCAGGAUCAACUCUGCUGUACUUUGGAGCAAAAUCUUUAAGAGGCACUGAAAGAAAACAUUAUAAGUCUACACCUGGGAAGAAAGUCUCCAUUGUGGGCUGGAUGGUGGCACUGCCUGAUGACCCAGAGCAUCCUGAUAUUUUCCAGCUAAACAACCCUGACAAAGGCAAUGUUUACAAGUUUCAGACUGGUUCAAGGUUUCAUGCAAUAUUAUGGCAUAAACAUUUGGAUGAUGCAUGCAAAAGCAACAAGCCUCAGGUACCUGCAAAUCUAAUGUCAUUCGAAUAAUUUCCUCUCCUACCGGGUGUGACUUCAAGUGCCAAACUGAAGAAACAGGUUAUUGUUCUCUAAGGAGGAAGAGGAGAAUGGUUUUCCUGACAUGAGCCAACCACAAAUAUUUCAGCACUUUCCUAUGUAACUUGAAAGUGAUUCUGACACAGCUUUUAAAAGCAGAACGUGAAUGUUGUCCCUAGGACCAGAUAAAGUCUCAUGCACUGAGUGAAAGCAGACAAGUUAGAUGGACAGAAGAUUAAUCCUGACUCCUGCAGGGUUCUAGAGCCUCAACUAUUUGUGGUCAGAGACUGCAUGAACUGAUAUUUGGCCACAAACUGAGCAUCGUAUCUUCUGCCUAUUCUUUUUUAAAUGGUUCUUUUUAUUGUUAAGCUGCUUUGUGUGACUGAAGAAUAUUUGGCCCAUGUUGGGUUUCAAUUCUUUCUAAUGCACAGAAUGGUUGACAGUGUUAACUUGCUCCAAAGUGUCAAUUAGAAUAGAAAAUUGUGGAACAACAUUUUUAUAAUCUAAGUGCACUGAGUUGCUUGGCAAUGUGGCUGCCUCAAAUUUUCUAUCAGAACUCUGGACAACUCURCUGUUCGUAUUUGAGCUAUUUGGGAAAAAAUAUAUUUUGGCACAGGAGAGUUGGUUUUCUUUUUCAUUCAGUUAUUUUACUCAGGGAUGCCCUUGCAAUGGAUUUAAGGCUGUUUAGAUUUACGUUGUGGUGAAGUUUGCCUUUCGUUCUUUUACUGGUGGCAUAGUUGCUUGCAAAUUUGGGAUUCAAUAAAUGUUAAUUUCAAAUCCUUUAGUACAGGGAAGCAGGUAAUCAGGUGUUAUGAAUCACAUGGCCCUGGCUUGUCAGAAUCCUUCCGUAUCAUUGUUUCUGUUCUGYUUUUCUGUGGAUGAAUUGGCUCCACUCAAUUCUAGUAUAUGCUGCAGCUCUAGGAGAUUAGCACCAGUAGAUGAUACCGCUAUUACAAAAUCAUGAUGGCAGUGAAAGGCUGUCUAACAGUGGACCAAGUACAAAGAAGCCUCCACAUCAAUAUCCAGAGAACAAAUAAGCAAACAAAAAAAUAUAACUGGGCCUUUUUCUCCUCUAAAGGAACUCUCACUAUGCCAUAUCCCUGCUGUGCCCUGGCACUGCUGCAGAAUUCUUUUCUAUUCCUGUUGAAUUCAUCACUUUUUCUGUUUGAAACUCUUUUGCAUAUAGCAUCAGUAUUCAGACUUCAUCAAUCACCAGAAAAAGUCCUGACUUUCCUAAAUUGCAUAGAGGAGAAAUUGGCAAUUCAGCCUCUAACUUACAAGCCAGGAACACCUUGGAAGUCACCUUAAGUGAACAGAACCUCUACUAGGACAAGCUCCCUGGCAUAAGCCAUAUGUAUUCUGUGGAUUUACAUGAUUUUCUACAUUGUUACAUUGAAACUUAUCUAACAACAAGAAAAAAACACCUGUAUUGUUAAAUGUAGGUCAAAAGUGAAUUGUUUGUUGUUUUAGGAGUUUAUGUUGCAAUCCUGAAAGCCUAAUACAUACCAGCUUUUAAGAAAACCAGUUCCUGAUGACAACUGCAUUUAGAUACUGGGACGUGGGAAAGUGUAUGUAAAGUUGACAACGUUUAUUUGGCAGCUCAGGAACUAUGUGGAAAGAGUGGUAAUGCAAAAUAUAUUUAUACCAUUUUUCUCUUUUUUUGGUAACCUAAGACAACUUUGAGCUAGGAAAAACGUUGGUAUCUGCAAGAGCAGGGCAUUGAACACCAAUAGAGAUGCUGUAGAAGCUUUUGAAUGUGGUAACGUGCUGUCACCAGYUAAUGACUUCACACUGUUAAGACUAUGAGAUAGUCUGAAUUAUUCUGCACCUAUGGACUUUUGUGAUUAGUCAUCAAUGAGAUUGAACAUCUUUUUGGAAUAGCACAACAAAUUGCUGCUUGAGAAAUUCGGAUGGAUGGCAGUGUAAGAAUACUAUUAAAAACAUCCUUAACCAAUUUUAAAUUAGUCUUUAACUAUUAAACAGUUCAUAGCUGCUGAUUAGAGGUGUUAUGAUGCCACUUGGUACCAAAUGCUAUUAUCUGGUAAUUCUAUGGUUAAUUGAAAGCUGCCAUGGAAAUACAAUAUAUUGCCUUUCACUACUGAUUAUUACAGCAUUUUCACAAAAAAAAAAACAAAACCCACAAACCAUACAAACUUUCCUCCAUCAAAGAGAAUAA